AAAUGCGGAGGGACGGUCCACCUUUCUCCCCUCUGCUUCCAAUUUUGCUGUCUACUCCGAUCUACCGAAGUCAUGCUACCCAACACCGGGAAGCUAGCGGGAUGUACAGUUUUCAUCACAGGCGCAAGCCGUGGCAUUGGCAAAGCUAUUGCGUUGAAAGCAGCAAAGGAUGGAGCAAAUAUUGUCAUUGCUGCCAAGACCACCCAGGCGCACCCCAAACUUCCAGGCACAAUCUAUACUGCUGCUGAAGAAAUAGAAGCAGCGGGAGGAAAGGCUUUACCAUGUGUUGUCGACGUGAGAGAUGAGCAACAAAUCAGUAACGCAGUGGAGCAAGCAGUGGAGAAAUUUGGAGGAAUUGAUAUUUUGGUGAAUAAUGCCAGUGCCAUUAGCUUGACCAACACAUUGGAAACACCUACAAAGAGAGUGGAUUUGAUGAUGAAUGUCAACACCAGAGGCACCUACCUUACCUCUAAAGCUUGUAUUCCUUACUUGAAAAAGAGUAAAGUUGCCCAUAUCCUCAAUCUCAGCCCACCUCUGAACCUAAAUCCAGUGUGGUUCAAACAGCAUUGUGCCUAUACCAUUGCCAAGUAUGGUAUGUCCAUGUGUGUGCUUGGAAUGGCAGAAGAAUUUAAAGGUGAAAUUGCAGUCAAUGCCUUGUGGCCUAAAACAGCUAUACACACUGCUGCCAUGGAUAUGCUGGGAGGAUCUGGUGUUGAAAGCCAAUGUAGAAAAGUUGACAUCAUCGCGGAUGCUGCAUAUUCAAUUUUCAAGAAGCCAAAAAGUUUUACUGGCAAUUUUAUUAUUGAUGAAAAUAUCCUAAAAGAAGAAGGAGUAAAAAAUUUUGACAUCUAUGCAAUCAAACCAGGUUCUGCCCCACAAUUAAAAGAAGAGAAACCACAGCCAGCAUCAAAACCACGUUCUGGAGCUGUGGAAGAAACAUUUAGAAUUGUUAAGGACUCUCUCAGUGAUGAUGUUGUGAAAGCCACUCAAGCAAUUUACCUGUUUGAACUCUCAGGUGAAGAUGGUGGGACAUGGUUUCUUGAUCUUAAAAGCAAAGGUGGGAAGGUCGGAUUUGGAGAGCCCUCAGAACGGGCAGAUGUGGUGAUGAGUAUGUCUACUGAUGAUUUUGUAAAAAUGUUUUCAGGGAAACUAAAACCAACAAUGGCAUUCAUGUCAGGAAAAUUGAAGAUUAAAGGGAACAUGGCCCUAGCAAUCAAAUUGGAAAAACUAAUGAAUCAGAUGAAUGCCAAGCUGUAAAGGAAGAGAAGACGUCAGCCAUUAAGCUCACAAAGUAAAAGGGCUAAACAGUUAAAAUCUAUGUUUGUUUUCUUCCCCAUUUUAUUGUAAGGAUGUGCAUGUGUGUUCUGGAAAAAAGGAAUUUCUUUAUCUAUUAAGACUUGAAAUUUUCAUUAAAACAUCCAGUUAAUACCUUUACGAAGUGGAAUUCUAAGACACCUUUCUUUUCAACAUAGUUUUUGAGUUUUGCUGUCUGAGCCCUCUGAUUUCCAGAGAAGUGUUAUGGGCAAUGAGUCAGGGUUGAGUACUAACAGUGGGACUUUUCAAAGUUGUUCCCAUAUAGAGUGAGGUUAAUCUGUUAUUAAAUAAGUGACUUUCGAUUGUAUACUAAUAAAAAUCUUAAUGAUAUUUUAGAUUUUUAUAUACUUAUUUUAAAGAAGGGCUUCCACAAUGCAUUUUUACAGAAAUCAUGUAAUAAACUACUUAUUCUAUACUAUUUGUAAAGACAAUGAAAUGAAAUAAACUCUCAGUUUUUAAUUUUGUUGACUAGCUUGCUAGGUAUGUUAUCUCUAAGAAAACACUAAUGUAAUUCAACUAAUAACAGUAUGCAUUCUAUUUAAAAUCCCAAAAUAAAAUAAUUUCUUAGAUGCAUGCACUUGGUCACAAUGUUUUAAAAUGAGAACUAGAAUUGAUGGUUGUUAGAGACUGAGUUUAUGCCCCUUAAAAUAAAUUCACACAUUGAAG